AUGGCGACCAGUGGGGACCCAGAGGAGGAGCAGGUGGUCCCAAGUGAAGAGGAUGAAGGGGACGUGAGGGCAGUGCAGGCCCGGUACCUCCGGAGCCCUUCCCCCAGUCAGUACUCGAUGGUCUCAGAAGCAGAAACAGAAAGCAUUUUUAUGGAGCCCAUUCACCUCUCUUCAGCCAUUGCAGCCAAACAGAUCAUCAACGAAGAACUCAAGCCCCGAGGGGUCAGAGCAGACAUCGAAUGCCCAGGCAUGCUGGAGUCAGCCGAGCAGCUUCUGGUGGAGGACCUGUACAACCGGGUCAGGGAGAAGAUGGACGACACCAGCCUGUACAACACCCCUUGCAUCCUGGAUCUGCAGCGGGCCCUGGUCCAGGACCGGCAUGAGGCACCCUGGAAUGAGGUGGAUGAAGUCUGGCCUAACAUCUUCAUAGCUGAGAAGAGUGUGGCUGUGAACAAGGGGAGGCUGAAGAGGCUGGGGAUUACCCACAUCCUGAAUGCUGCUCAUGGCACCGGUGUUUACACUGGUUCAGCCUUCUACACUGGCCUGGAGAUCCAGUACCUGGGUGUGGAGGUAGACGACUUCCCUGAGGUGGACAUCUCCCAGCACUUCCGAAAGGCUGCAGAGUUCCUUGACGAAGCCCUGCUGACCUACAGAGGGAAAGUCUUGGUCAGCAGCGAAAUGGGCAUCAGCCGGUCUGCAGUGCUGGUGGUGGCCUAUCUGAUGAUUUUCCACAACAUGGCCAUCCUGGAGGCCUUGAUGACCGUGCGGAAGAAGCGGGCCAUAUACCCCAACGACGGCUUCCUGAGGCAGCUCCGAGAGCUCAACGAGAAGCUGAUGGAGGAGAGGGAGGAGGAUGACGGUGGGGAGGGAGGAGAGGCCGAGGACGGUGAGGAUGAGGACCCCGGGAGCACCAUGGGGGCCCGCGUGCACGGCCUCACAGUGGAGGAGGAGGACGACCUGGCCAGUCACCUGAGUGGUUCCUCGCUGGGCAGGGCCAGCCGGGCCUCCAAGCCCCUCACCCUCAUCGACGAUGAGGAGGAGGCGAGGCUGUACGAGGAGUGGAAGAAGGAGCAAGGUUUCCCCACAGGAAAGGUCCCCCAGGCAGGAGAUGGCCGGCACUCAGCCUCCUCGGGCCUGGAGGACGAGGACGUGGAAAGCAUCAUCCACGAGUGGCAGAGCCGAAAUGAGCGCUAUGAGGCGCAAGCGCACCAGAGGAGGUGGGGCAGGGAGGAGGAAGAGGAGGAGAGCGAGGCAGGCUCAUUCAUGGGGCGCAGGCGGAGGCACACGCUGAGCGAGAGCAGCACGUCCACGCAGAGCAUGCGCAGCAGUGACGUCCGCGUCCUGACGCAGCAGCUGGGACGGAGCAGCCAGGAGGGGCCCGGGCGGCGUCGCUCUGACUCGGUGUCCACGGAGAGCACCUGGGACAUGUGGAACGAGAGGCUGCAGGAGAUCGAGAAGGAAGCCUCCCGCGAGUACCACGCCCGGAGCAAGAUGGCCCAGGCGGACCCCAGCUCCGAGGCAGGGGGCCGGGUGCGCGAAGACGACGAAGAGAGUGUGGCCUCGGAGGCCAGCUCCUUCUAUAACUUCUGCAGCCGCAACAAGGACAAGCUCACGGCCCUAGAGAGGUGGAAGGUCAAGAGGAUUCAAUUUGGGUUUCACAAAAAAGAUGCGGAGACAGGAGAAGGAAGCAGUGAGCCGGGAGCCGAGGGGGCCGAGGGGGAGAAGGACCUCUCAGAUGUCAACCUGACAGCCUACCAGGCCUGGAAACUGAAGCACCAGAAGAAGGUGGGCAACGAGAACAAGGAGGAGGUGGUGGAGCUCAGCAAGGGCGAGGACUUGGCCUUGGCCAAGAAGAGGCAGCGGAGGUUGGAGCUGCUGGAGAGGAGCCGGCAGACGCUAGAGGAGAGCCAGUCCUUGGGAAGCUGGGAGGCAGGCAGCUCGGCCACCAGCAUGAGCAUCCGCUUGUCUGCGUUCUCGUCUGCGGCCCCUUCGGUGGUCAGUGCUGAUGGAGACACAGCGUCAGUCCUCAGCAGCCAGAGCCACCGCUCCCACCUGUCUCAGGCGGCAAGCAACCCCACCACCCCCCUGCCUAACCUGCCAGUGGGGCCUGGAGACACCAUCUCCAUCGCCAGCAUACAGAACUGGAUUGCCAACGUGGUCAACGAGACGCUGGCCCAGAAGCAGAAUGAAAUGUUGUUGCUGUCCCGUCCGCCUUCCUCUGCAAGCCUGAAGGCAGGACCUCUGGGGGAUGACCAGAUCUCCAUGUUCAGUGGACAGAGCCAGAUGAGACUCAGCUCAGACAGGCAGUCUGUGUUGUCUUCCAACACCACGCAGAGCUUGGGGUCCCAGGGCAGGGGGAGUAGAGUGACUGGGACCAGCAAGCCCAUCUACAGCCUCUUCGCAGACAACGUGAACCUGAAGGAGCUGGGCCGGAAGGAGAAGGAGAUGCAGAUGGAACUGCAGGAGAAGAUGUCCGAGUACAAAAUGGAGAAGCUGGCUUCAGAUCACAAACGCAGCUCCCUUUUCAAGAAGAAGAAGGUCAAGGAAGAUGAAGAGGAUGAAGUUAGUGACAGGAAUGAGGACACUGACAGUGCCAUCGGAAGCUUCCAAUACUCCUCUCGCAGCAAUUCCCAAAAACCUGAAACGGACACCUCUUCCUCUCUGGCCAUCUCUGAUUAUUGUAGAGGUGAUGGCAGGGCUGACAGAGAAAAAGAUUGUAGCAUUAAUAAGUGGCUCAGUGGCCUCAGAGCAGAGGACAAGUCUCCUCCGCAAAGCGAUUGGUCAGGUAGCUCCAGAGGGAGGUACACCAGAUCGUCCACGCUCCGGGAGACAGAGUCUAAAUCCUCCAGUUACAGAUUCUCCAAGUCCCAGUCAAAAGAACAGGACACCUCCUCCUUCCAGGAGGGAAAUGGCAGCUCUGUCAGAAGCACUUCCCGGUUCUCUUCUUCCUCCACCAGAGAGGGCAGAGAGAUGCACAAGUUCUCCAGGUCCAUGUUCAGUGAGACCUCAAGUUCCCGAGAGGAGAGCCCGGAGCCCUACUUCUUCCGCCGGACCCCUGAGGCCUCUGAUGAGGAAGAGUCUCCAGAGCCUCGGCAUGGAAGGUGGGCCAGACCCAGGGACUGGGAAGAUGUAGAAGAGUCAUCCAAAUCUGAUUUUUCAGAAUUUGGAGCUAAGAGAAAGUUCACUCAGAGCUUCAAGAGGUCUGAAGAGGAAGGAGAGAAGGAGAGGAUGGAAAGCAAAGAAGAAGGGAGGUUUGCUUCAGGGCGGCGGUCCCAGUAUCACAGAAGCACUGACGGAGAGGAAGAGGGAGAGAUGGACGAUGAAGCCAUCAUUGCUGCAUGGAGACGUCGACAAGAAGAAACCCGGACUAAAUUGCAGAGAAGAAGGGAGGAUUAG